AUGACUCUUACCAGAGAUCCUGCCUUCCACGAUUUGGUGGCGCAUGUACAAGCGAACGAGGAGGGAAAGUUGCGAAUCCUGGAUGAAUUUGCCAAGGAUCCUCAACGCUUCGAGUAUUUCAGUCGCAUUCUCGGCUCACCAGAUGGACAAAUUCUCUUCGAUUUCUCAAAGCAUCUCAUUUCGAGGGAGACAUUCGAACGUCUGAUUAAAUUGGCUGAAUCUCGUGGAGUGGAAAAGAUGCGCGAUGCGAUGUUUCGUGGAGAAAAGAUCAAUUUCACCGAGGAUCGUGCCGUGCUUCACAUCGCUUUGAGAAAUCGCAGCAACACACCAAUUCUGGUGGAUGGAAAAGAUGUUACACCUGAUGUGAAUCGCGUGCUCGCGCACAUGAAAGAGUUUUGUAAUCAAGUCAUCUCUGGCCAAUGGGUCGGUUAUACGGGUGCCAAAAUCACCGAUGUUGUCAAUAUCGGAAUCGGUGGAUCGGAUCUGGGUCCUUUGAUGGUAACUGAGGCGCUUCGUCAUUACCAAAUCGGUCCGAAUGUUCAUUUUGUGAGCAAUAUUGAUGGAACGCAUGUGGCUGAGGUUCUUCGUCACUUGAAUCCCGAAACAACAUUGUUUAUCAUUGCUUCAAAGACCUUCACUACACAAGAAACGAUUACCAAUGCCGAGACAGCUAAACAUUGGUUCCUUGAGAAGGCCAAAGAUCAAUCUGCAGUUGCAAAGCACUUUGUUGCUCUCUCAACGAACAUUCCAAAAGCUGUCGACUUUGGGAUCGAUCAAAAUAACAUGUUCGAGUUUUGGGACUGGGUUGGAGGUCGUUAUUCGCUUUGGUCAGCUAUUGGACUUUCAAUUGCUGUUCACAUUGGUUUUGACAACUUCGAGAAACUUUUGGAAGGAGCUCAUCACGCGGAUUUGCAUUUCCAAGUGACCCCACUCUCCGAAAAUAUUCCGGUAAUCAUGGCUCUGCUUGGUGUUCUCUAUCACAACGUCUACAAAGCGGAAACUCACGCUCUGCUCCCAUAUGAUCAAUACCUUCAUCGAUUUGCCGCCUACUUCCAACAGGGUGAUAUGGAAUCAAACGGGAAAUUUGUCACCAGAUCUGGUGAAAAAGUUGAUCAUGCAACUGGACCGAUUGUUUGGGGAGAGCCGGGAACAAAUGGACAACACGCUUUCUAUCAACUUAUUCACCAAGGAACUCGUCUGAUUCCGUGUGACUUUAUUGCACCCGUUCAAACUUUGAAUCCAAUUCGCAAUGGUCUUCACCAUACGAUCCUUCUUUCGAACUUUUUGGCCCAAACCGAGGCGUUGAUGAAGGGAAAAACUUCAGAAGAAGCCGAGAAAGAACUCCGUUUGACAAACAUGAGUGAUGAGAGUAUCAAGAAGAUUCUACCACACAAAGUUUUUGAAGGUAAUCGCCCAACGACUUCGAUUCUUUUGCCUGUUGUCUCGCCGUUUACUUUGGGAUGUCUGAUUGCACUCUAUGAGCAUAAGAUUCACGUUCAAGGAGUUAUCUGGGACAUCAACAGCUACGAUCAAUGGGGUGUCGAACUCGGAAAACAAUUGGCCAAGGUGAUCGAGCCCGAGUUGGGAAGUUCGAGCCAAAUUUCUACUCACGAUGCUUCGACCAAUGGACUGAUCAACUUCAUCAAAGCAAAUCGCAAA